AUGUCUACCAACACUCUUGACAAUUGUCUACCAUCCCGCCUGCUGUCGCCUAAGACUCCAUCGCCAAAAAAAAGUUUCAGGAAGCACAACCAAGAUGAAGACGAUGAGGCACCUAAAAAGUACCUGUCAACUCUGAAUGCAGGUGAUACUCCUGGAUCAACGUGCCAAAGCGAUCUCGAAGACCAGCCGGUUGUAUCCAAAAUGCCUGAAAAGAAUGACCAUUCCUCCGAGGUUCCUCGCCACAAAACCACAAUCGGCUUGAACAGGGCCUAUCCACGUUCCCGACGCGAUCUGGAGGCAGAGAUUACUGUUCGGCGUGAAAUAGCCAUCGAGGCAACAAGAGAAGCUGCGGCCUAUAAGGAUCAGCUUCGAACGGCAUGGUUGGACCUUGCCGCAGCACGCCAGGAGGCCCAGUCAACUAAAAAGGCGGUGAAAAACUUGGUUAGGUCUGUGAAGAAUUCCAAACGACGCUCUGCAUACCUGACGUUGGUGGUGGAGGGUCUAGAAGAGCAGUUGAGGACAUAUGUCAGACAGGAACACAACACAGCAAUUAUGCUGGUGGAAGAGAGGCAUUGGAGCCAACAGCUGAAAGCAGCGUUGACGUCCCAUGGCAUUAACGUACCGGUUUACAUUCCUCCUCAGCCUUUGCAGUCUGACAAUCCCAUCGCUAUUGUUUAG